AUGACAAUUUUCUGCUUCUCAUUGCUGUUCUUCUGCUCCCAUGCUCUGGUGUCUGCAGGAAGCAGCAACGCCUCGACCGAAGAGCUUGCGCUACUCGCCUUCAAGUCCAUGCUGUCAAGCCCAUCCAAGAGCUUGCUGACAUCAUGGAACACUUCAAGUCACUACUGCAGCUGGACAGGAGUUGUCUGCAGCCGUCGGCAACCAGAGAGGGUGGUCUCCCUGCUCAUGGGCUCCUUCAACCUUUCAGGGCGCCUAUCGCCAUUCCUGGGCAACCUGUCAUUUCUCCGGAAGCUGGACCUUCAUGGCAACCAAUUUGUUGGGCAGAUACCUCCGGGGUUCGGUCAACUCAGUAGGCUUCAGAUGCUCAACCUGAGCACAAACACUCUCCAUGGAAGCAUUCCUGAGGCCAUGGGAGGCUGCACCAACCUCACUACACUUGACCUGAGCAAUAACCUGCUGCAAGGUGAGAUCCCAACUGGCAUAGGUGCCUUGAAGAAUCUUGUGAAUUUGAGCCUUCAUAUCAAUGGUUUGUCAGGAGAUAUCCCUCACUCUCUUACAAACUUAUCUUCGAUCAAACACUUGUCUUUGAGCAACAACAGAUUGUCAGGUGAGAUACCACCAGACCUGGGUAACCUUUACCAAUCUUCAGGUUCUUGA